AUGGCACCCCGCGGCCGCCCUCGAAUCCGUCGCAGCACCCCCGUGCGCACCCCGACCCCUGCACAACAGACCGACGAUGAGGACAUGGCCGACGCCGCCGAAUCGCCCGCCGAAACUCCUGCCCAGCCAGAAGAUGGCGACAAUUCCGCCCAGGACUCCGAUGCAGCUCCUGCCGCGUCUGAACCCUCUUCACCUCCAGUCGUGCAGCAGUUCCCGCGCAAACGUCGCUUAGGCCGUCCCCCCAAAAACAAGCCACCCGGAUGGGACCUUGGUCUGGAGGAUGUCAACGACCCAGGCUCUGAGGGCGGAACACCCCAGAAGCGGCGGCGCGGCCGCCCCUCCACCGGCGGGGUCAGAGGCAGGCCCAGAGGAGGCCCGUCACACACCACGCGCGUGCCAAUCGACAAGGAAGGCAAUAUGAUGGACGUCGUCGACGACGAGGUCUCGCUACCUGAAGACGCCGAGGGAGAGGCCAAGGUCGACAAGAUGGGAAACCUGCAAGGCGGCCGCGACUAUCGCGUUCGAGUAUUCACCAUCACUGGAAGAGGGGACCGUCUGUACAUGCUGUCAACCGAACCAGCGCGAUGCACCGGUUUCAGGGACAGCUACCUCUUCUUCACUAAGCACAUGCAGCUGUACAAGAUUAUCAUCGACGAGGCGGAAAAGCGCGAUCUAAUAGCCCGCGAGAUUAUUCCACAUUCCUACAAGGGUCGCGCCAUUGGUGUUGUCACCGCUCGAUCCGUCUUUCGGGAGUUUGGUGCGCGCAUCAUCAUUGGCGGAAAGAGAAUCACAGACGACUACUAUGUCACCGCCGCUCGGGCCAGAGGGGACGUUGAGGGAGAACUUGCAGACCCGAAUGAUAUGUUGCCGGCCCCUGGUGAGCCUUACAACAAGAACCAGUAUGUUGCAUGGCAUGGUGCAAGUAGCGUUUACCACACCGGAGUUCCUAGCGUGCCUACAGCAAUGGGAAAGGUGGUCCCUGGCAAGCGUAAAGUCAACAUAACGUCAGCCAAUUGGCAGUUCGAACAUGCACGCUCUUCAAGUCGUUUCAACUCUACACUCGCUGCUGCCAGACGCAUGAAUGUAGACGGCGUAUAUGAUGCUCACACCAACGCCAUGUUCUAUCCCGGCAUCACGCAACCAACUCACACGAAAUGGGAGGAGAUCCCAGCAACGCCGUCGGCUGCAUCCGAGCAGCAUCUAAAUGGCCAUCUUACGAACGGAGGGGCAGAGCUCACAAACGGCGUCCACGAAGUCAGCCUGGAGAAGGCUGUUGAAACCAAGACCGAUACCAUUUUCACGUCUGUGCCACCUAUCGUAUCACGCAACUACCUAGUGGUAGAUACGUAUCUUACUUCGGCUCCUGUUACCGGCUUGGGUAUUCCUGGACCAGAUGGGGCUUAUUACGACACCGGCGUCAAUGGCUUGCCCGACGUCAGUGAAGACAUGUUGGCCGAAUUGCCCCCGGAAUGCCGGCAAGCUCUCGCGGUGGCGCAGCAAAGCGAAAAGGAGUGGAAGAGCCAGUUCAAUACUGAGGCGCUUGAUGGGCAUAGGGCAAAGUUGAAGAUUGGCUUCACUGGAGUUCCAGUUUGA